GCCGCUCAAGCUCACCUACUGUACCCCCUCGACCUUGCCUUCGAUCAUUUUGUGGAUUCCUUUGAUAUCCCAGACGCUUUCUUCUAGUGACUCUUUUCCCACGGACCCAGGCCCAACGGCUGUAGGAUGGGCCGGAAGGUGACACGUGGCCCUGAGGAUCGUUGCGGUAGCCCCUUCCGUACCUUGCUAGCGGCUGCUGAUCAGAAGAGGCGGGACAAGGCACACUGUCCUCGCCCUGAGCUCCCCGGAAGGAGAGAGAUCGCCGCGUCACGUCCAAGCAGAUCCGUAUUCUCUCGUACGCCCGUUACUCGGACUCUAUUUGCCCUCUACCAUCCUCCAAGAAGCUUCACCGGGAGCAAAUGAACGACCGCGGCAGUCACUGCGAUUCGCAGAUGGGCUCCUGCGGUGAGAGACAGCUACAGUCCCACAAGCGCAAGAGGCAGGAGGAGCAAACCAGUAUCGAGCGAAACACCACGGACACCUCCCAGCCCACCAAGCCAGGACCAAUCCCUCCAAGCAUUGGGCCAGACCUCACUCAGCUACACACCUUGCCCCAGCUAAUGGCGCAACUCAAGCUACGACUCCCAGAAGUGGACGAAGAGGCAUUGAAAGGAGUCGCCGAGUUUCAAUUGAAGAACAACGCCAGCACACUGCGACGCAUUCGACUCGCCAAGGCGCAAGAAGAGGGCGAUGACUCGGACGCCUUUGACGAGAUCAAGGGAGUCCCUCUGACGGUGCCACUGAGCAGGGAGACCUGGUACGAUUGGGUGAGGCAAUUGAAGCGUCUCACAUCUCUCAUCGAUUAUGCGGACGACAUCCUCUUUACCGAGGAUCACGUCGAGUUCACACCUUACCUCACCAAGCUCGACAAGAGGCUCUCGUCCACCAUCUUUUGGGUCAUAGGAGAGACCGGAGCAGUCGCAAUCGACUACACCAUGAACUCAGGCUGCUGCUCGAGCGGUCGCAGUCUCUUUCGCUUCCUAGAGUCGCAGUUGAAGCCGCACGGGGACUGGGAGCAAGUCUUGAUUCUUUUCAAGCUGAACAGAGUGGCUGUGUCUUACACCAACGUUGACGAGGCCAUCAAGCGAAUCGAACGACUAUCACUCCGCGCCUCGGACCUCGAGGUGCCAAUCUCAGACGCCUACAAGUGCGCCAUCCUCCUCUGUGUGACACAAGAUGACCAAUGUUUCGCUGCGGCUUGGGCUGCUCUGAUGCGUACCAGGUCGUGCACCAAUUGGGCAAAUGUCAGCAGCAUCUUGCACUAUGCACAGAGAGAUGCACAGUCCACACAGCCUCGACCUGGUGGACUCUAGUCGCAGACGUCAGGAUCUGCUGUGGUGACCUUGCGAACAAGUAUAGCAUUACCGAAGGACAGGAGAAAAGCCAGUCCAACCACUCAGAAGAAGCAAGCACGGCCUCAGCGACCCCCUCUCAUCAAGGCAAACGGCUCUAUCUCAGGGACUCCGAUGGCUUUCUUCGCACACAAGCUUCAGCCCUUGCGUCAAUGCGCACUCUCUUGCUUCCUCGCCUCAAUUUCUUUCUGCUACAGCGAGCUCUGCCUGAGCAUUUCUAUGCUCGACUUGACCUGAUCCUUCAUCUCUUGGCCGUCAGCACCGAGGCUGCUGGAGGUGAGGCGCGCCUGC